UCAUUGGCCGGAGGUUGUCCAACAGCCAAUAUGGCGGCCACAAUGUUGAGGUCGCUUAGCAAACUCGGACGUCCUUCAACAAAAUUACUAUUAGGCCAUAAUUUGCUGAGCCCUGGCUGUACGCUGCUGCAGAACAGGCAGAAACAGUGUCAUCCAGAUGUGGAGUGGAUGGAGAAGUCUGCUGGGGCGGUGAUGUACCCCGCUACUGUUAAUGAGAAGUGGACACCACCCCCAUGGAAUGAUAAAGAUCCUCCUGCAGAGAAGGACGUGUCCAACCUGACGCUUAACUUUGGCCCUCAGCAUCCUGCAGCUCACGGUGUGUUGCGUCUGGUGAUGGAGCUCAGUGGAGAGUCUGUCAAGAAGUGUGACCCACACAUUGGCCUGCUUCAUCGUGGCACUGAAAAGCUAAUUGAGUACAAGACGUACCUGCAGGCUUUGCCCUACUUUGACCGUCUGGACUAUGUUUCUAUGAUGUGCAAUGAGCAGGCCUACUCUCUGGCUGUGGAGAAGCUACUCAACAUCCAGGCCCCACUCCGUGCACAGUGGAUCAGAGUGCUGUAUGGAGAGUUGACUCGCAUCCUGAAUCACAUCAUGGCCGUCACCUCACAUGCCCUUGACAUCGGCGCCAUGACUCCCUUCUUUUGGAUGUUUGAGGAGCGAGAGAAGAUGUUUGAGUUUUAUGAGCGAGUGUCUGGAGCAAGGAUGCACGCUGCAUAUGUCAGGCCUGGCGGCGUACAUCAGGAUUUGCCCCUUGGCCUGAUGGAUGACAUCUAUGAGUGGUGUAAGAAUUUCUCCAUUCGGAUUGAUGAAGUAGAAGAGAUGCUCACCAACAAUCGUAUCUGGAAAAAUCGUACCGUGGACGUCGGAGUGAUUUCUGCUGAGGAUGCCCUCAACUAUGGUUUCAGUGGAGUGAUGCUGCGAGGGUCUGGAAUCAAGUGGGACCUGAGGAAGUCUCAGCCGUAUGACAAGUAUGAUGAAGUGGAGUUCGAUGUUCCCAUUGGAAGCAAUGGAGACUGCUAUGAUAGGUACUUGUGCAGAGUGGAAGAGAUGAGGCAGUCCCUAAGGAUCAUGCUCCAGGCACUGAACAAGAUGCCAGAGGGAGAGAUAAAAGUGGAUGAUGCCAAAGUGGCCCCACCUAAGAGGUCUGAGAUGAAGAUGUCCAUGGAGUCUCUGAUUCACCACUUUAAACUGUACACAGAGGGCUACCAGGUCCCCCCAGGAGCCACAUACACAGCUAUAGAGGCACCCAAGGGAGAGUUUGGUGUAUAUUUGGUUUCAGACGGCUCCAGCAGACCCUAUCGCUGCAAGAUCAAAGCCCCUGGAUUCGCUCACUUGGCUGGUCUGGAUAAAAUGGCCAAGGGACACAUGUUAGCAGAUGUGGUGGCCAUCAUCGGUACACAGGACAUAGUGUUUGGAGAGGUGGACCGCUAAAGCCAUGCUGCUAAUGUGCUGCUUCCCCGAUGAGGAUUCUCUCUGUCACACAUCUGUCUGUCAGACGGGUUCUCUUCCUGUUCUCUUUUCACUGUAGCGAGCUUUUUUGACAGACGGCUUCGUUUAUCAUCAUCCGUGUACAAUGCCCAAAUAAACCUAAUAAAUAUUUUAUGUCUGACCAGCAA